CCCCUUUAAAACACACACACACACUCACACACACACACUCACUCACACACACACACUCACACUCACAACAUAACGAGGGGGGAAAAGAAACAAACAAAACCCCCAGCCCCAAAGUAAAAGUGACACAGGUUCAUUUUUUAAAGGAAGGGGGAGGCGAAGGCGCGCUCGGAGGACCGGCUGGGAGCGCGGCGGCCGAGCCCGGGGGCGCUGUCCGCGGUGCUGACGGCCCGGGGGCGCAGGGAGCGCGGAGGAGGACCUGCGGGCCAGGUGGACAGUCAUGCGCCGCGCGCCGCCGCCGCCGCCGCUCUCCGCGGUGCUGACGCCACCAGGUGCGCUCCGUUCCGCCGGCCCGUCGCCCGCUGCUCACCGCGGUGCUGACCCCGCUGCCUGCGGCCACGCUCGCCUGGAGGAAGCGUGCGGUUUGGAUUUUUAAACGCCGUCCUUUAUUUAGGUUCCGACAUCCUCGCCUCUCUUCUGUGCCAGAGGAGCGCUCAGGCCGUCCGUCUCCCCCUUUGCUCUCCCCAACUUGGCGCACCCUCCCUCCCGUGCCUCCCUGACACUCCCACCACCCCCCCUCGGUUCGGCGACUAGGCGCGAUGCUGCAGAAGACGCGCUGAGCCCUUUUGGAUCUAAUGCGCAGAGGAGGCUGGCCCAGCGCUCCUGGGCUCCCCCAAGGCUGAACUCCAUCCAAGGUGCCCGCAGGCUCCCUGCCCGCCUUCCCCAUGCCAGCCCGCAGCUAGGGGCAAGGACAGCGGUCGGCUGGGGCUGGGGGUGGGUGGGGAGCUUCCGGAGAGGACAGGCCGAAGCUUGGCUAUGGAAGGCUCCAAUGGCUUUGGGAUCGACUCCAUCCUCUCCCACCGGGCGAGCAGCCCCGCCCUUCCCAAGGGGGACCCCCUGCUUGGGGACUGCCGCUCACCCCUGGAACUGAGUCCUCGCUCGGAGAGCAGCAGUGACUGCUCCUCACCAGCCUCACCAGCAAGGGACUGUCUGGAGACGGGCGCCCCGCGGCCUGGUGGGGCACAGGGCCCAGGUUUGGACUCCCACCUGCAGGCCGGACAGCUCUCAGCUCCAGCCCAGUCACGUACAGUGACCUCCUCCUUUUUGAUCAGGGACAUCCUUGCCGACUGCAAACCACUGGCCGCCUGUGCGCCCUAUUCUAGUAGCGGGCCGCCCGCCGCCCCUGAGCCCGGGGGCCGCCUCGCACCCAAGGCCGGCGAGGACUUUAGAGACAAGCUGGACAAAAGUGGCAGCAACGCCUCGUCAGACUCCGAGUAUAAAGUGAAGGAGGAGGGCGACCGGGAGAUCUCCAGCUCGCGGGACAGCCCCCCGGUGCGCCUGAAAAAGCCGCGCAAGGCGCGCACCGCCUUCACCGACCAUCAGCUGGCGCAGCUGGAGCGCAGCUUCGAGCGGCAGAAGUACCUGAGCGUGCAGGACCGCAUGGAGCUCGCCGCCUCGCUCAACCUCACCGACACGCAGGUCAAGACUUGGUACCAGAACCGCAGGACUAAAUGGAAGCGACAGACGGCCGUGGGGCUGGAGCUGCUGGCGGAAGCGGGCAACUACUCGGCGCUCCAGCGGAUGUUCCCGUCGCCUUAUUUCUACCCGCAGAGUCUCGUCUCCAACCUGGACCCCGGCGCCGCGCUGUACCUGUACCGCGGGCCGAGCGCGCCGCCGCCCGCCCUGCAGCGGCCUCUGGUGCCCCGCAUCCUCCUCCACGGACUCCAGGGCGCCGGCGAGCCCCCGCCGCUGCCCCCGCUGGCCGGCGUGCUGCCCCGCGCCGCCCAGCCCCGAUGAGGCCGCCCGCCUCCGGGGCCCCUGUUGGGCUCUCCGGCCGCGCGUUCCCCGAAGGGCAGAUGCCAAGUCUCCUGCAGCCCGGACCCCGGACCCCGGACCAGGCCUCCCUAGCCUCCCUCGGCGCCCUCCCUCUCGGCCAGUCCACCGGGAGCCACUUCCACCCGCGGAUGUACAUACAUUGCACCCCCUGCCGGCGCCCAGGCCACCCCCUUGUCCCUCCCAGAAGCAGCCUGGGCGC